AUGGAUCCAAGUGUAGCUAUUGUCAGGGUUAGAAAAGCCUUGGGUAUUAUACUCAUUCCUAACAGAAGUAAUCGUCUGUUUUUGUGUUUGUCCCCAGCUGUGAUUUACCGUGCAUUUCCUCACAAAGAAGCCAGAGAGCACGAUGUGCAGGAGCUGGGAACUCAGCGGGCUGAGGCCUUUGUGAGGGCCUUCCUGAAGCGCACCAUCCCACACUUGAGCCAGCAAGACUGUGAGAGCCAUCUGCAGCACAAGGCUGUGGUCUUGGAAUACUUCACUCGCCAGAAGCCAAAGCAGAAGAAAUCCAAAGGCCUCUCUUCCAAACAGAGGAGAGACAUGAGGCUCUUUGACAUUAGCGCAGAGCAACAGAGAUACAGUCUCUUCCUCCCUCUGCAUGAACUCUGGAAGCAGUACAUCCGUGACCUGUGCAAUGGGCUCAAGCCAGACAUGCAGCCGCAGAUGAUUCAAGCGAAGCUCCUGAAGGCGGAUCUUCACGGUGCUAUUAUUUCAGUGACGAAAUCCAAGUGCCCUUCCUAUGUGGGGGUCACAGGAAUCCUCCUGCAGGAGACCAAGCAUGUCUUCAAGAUCAUCACCAAAGAAGACCGACUGAAAGUUAUCCCCAAGCUAAAUUGUGUGUUCACCAUAGAAAUUGAUGGCUUCAUUUCCUACAUUUAUGGAAGCAGCUUGCAGCUUCGGUCAAGUGAGAGAUCUGCCAAGAAGUUCAAAAUAAAGGGAACAAUUGACCUGUGAACUCUUUGCCACUGGCAACAGAUGUCCCUGGCAGCUGAGAACUGGAAACACCUUAAAUACCCACUUUUCCAUGAAACACUUUCUGGCUGUGGCCCAUCUUGACUCCAGGG